UUUUGACGGCGUCCGUUGUAGUUUUCUCGCGACGCGGAAGGUAUGUCAUGGCGCCUGUGAAGCAGGCCGCACGGUGGAGGAGGACGGGGACUUUUGGGACGCAUGGCGAAGAAGUUUCUCCGAUCGGGUCCAGGAAUAAGAAAGUAAAACAGAGGACGUGGCGACCUAACCAUGCGCAGGCUUUCGUGGGGAGCAUUCGUGAGGGGCAAGGCUUUGCAUUUCGAAGAAAAUUGAAGAUUCAACAAAAUUAUAAGAAAUUACUAUGGAGGGAAAAGAAAGCUCAAACUGCACAGGAAUCCCAGUUCACAGACCGAUACCCUGAUCAUUUGAAGCAUCUCUAUUUAGCAGAAGAAAAAAGACUGAGGAAGCAAGUAAGAAAAGUUGACCAGUCUAGGUCAGAACAAAUUAAUCAAACACUGCCAGAAGAACAGUGUAGCUUUGAUCAGACUUUGUCUGAGGAGCACUGUAGCACUGACCAAUCUCAGCCUGAAGAAGAGCUUAACGAAAAAGUAAACUUCAUUACUAUUCCAAAGAAAAAUAAAAAGAAAACAUCAACUCAGAAAGCACAAGAAGAAUAUGAACAGGUACAAGCUAAACGUGCUGCUAAGAAACAAGAAUUUGAGAGAAGAAAAAAAGAGAGAGAAGAGGCUCAAAGGCUAUACAAAAAGAAGAAAAUGGAAAUGUUCAAAAUAUUGAGCAAAAAGACUAAGAAGGGCCAACCAAACUUGAAUUUACAAAUGGAAUAUCUUCUUAAAAAAAUUCAGGAAAAAAAUUAAAUCAGUUGUUUUUUUCUUAGUGAUGGGUUAAAAUACCUUCUGUCGUGUAUUCUUUUGUAUGGGUGACAUACCUUCUAACAACUAAAUUUGUUAACAUAAACUAAGUUUUUUAAUUGAAAUAUCAAAAGGCCAAAUAAUUUAUUCUUAUAAAAGAAAAGUUUCUUAAUUUGCCCUACACUAUAUGCCAAGUUUCUUAUUUGCUUCUAGAGGAAGUUUGACUUGAAGAACUGAAGAACCUUUUAUUUGAACAACAAAGGUUCAGUAUAUUACUUUUGUAUUAUAUGAAAUUCAGAUGAAAUAAAAUGUUUUGACAACAAAAGAGCAGAGCUGUCGAUGAAACAUUUCAAAUAUCUUUCAUUUUAGUAUUGUCACGGUUUUUAA